AUGGCGACAACAACAAAUAUAUCAACUGUAAUAACAUUAACAUCAUCAGUUCAGAAUUUACCACAUUAUUAUCGAUUUCAAAAAAUUCAUUCGAUUCUGACUCAAAUCUCUUACCCAUAUAUUUUUAUAAUUGCACUCAUUGGUCUUGUUACAAAUACAUCAACUGUUAUUCUUCUAUCAAAAAAUAAUAUUACAAAAAAUUUAAAGAAUAAAUGGACAUUAAUUGCAUUAGCUCUAAGUGAUCUUCUUUUUAAUACGGCAUUAUUAAUUCGUGUAAUACAUGAUAUGACCAAACAAAAAGUGGAUCGUCUUUGUAUAAUUAUAUCAUUUCUUAGUCAUCUAGCCGAACUCUUAUCAGCAUUGUAUACAGUUUCAUUUACUAUUCAACGUUAUUGUGCUGUUCGUUAUCCAUUUAAAGCUGCUUCACAGCGUCGUUCAUCACCAAUUAUUUCCCUUUUAUUAAUAUUAUUAUUAAGUACAUUAUUCUGUGGAUUCAUGUCUCGUAAUACUCUUUAUAUAGAAUGUCAUGAAGAAUUACACCUCAACUGGUUUAUAGCUGAUGCUUUACUUUCUUUUAUUAUUCCAUUUUUUCUUAUUUUAAUAUUUAAUAUACUUAUUAUGAAUUAUAUUCGUAAACAUUCUCGUUCACCAAUUAGUAUACAAUCAAUAUUAAUAAGAAAAAGAAAAUUAUCAAAAAAUAGUUAUAAAGCAUAUAAUCCUGAAGAUACAUUAGAGUUAGAUUAUAAUCCUGCAACAAAUAUUACUGCUGCAUAUAGUCAUUUUGAUGGAAAUGAUAAUAUUGAAAUUAAAUAUCCAAGAAAAAAACAAUCAUUAGCUGAAUUAGAAAAUCGAAUCUAUCGACCAUCUAUUUCAUCAUUAUUAGAACGUGCAAAUUCUGAAACAUCAUCAAAUUUCUAUCGAUCUCCAUCGAGAACUCGUUCAAAAAUGUUAUUCAAAAAAAGACAUUCUCACCCUAGAAAAAAAUCCUCAAAUGGUUCAUUUACAACUCGAGCAACAAAAAAAUUUUCAUAUCCAUCAAAUGAUAAUGAACUUACUUCUAAAGUAUCAACAAGAGCAUCACAAUCAAUACGUGUUACACGUAUGCUUGUUCUUGUUUCAACAUGUUUUCUUAUUCUUAAUGCUCCUGCACAUUUAUUUGCAAUUGCAACUAAAAUUUAUACAGUCAUUAUCGAAAGAAUACUAACUGAACAACUUAAUCAAAAUAAAGAUUUAAAAACAGAACUUUCAAUACAUUCUAAUGCAACAAAUACAUCUUCACUAUUACAAUAUGGAACAACACAUGAAGAUAAAUUAGCUAUACAUAUACUUUACAUGGGAGUUACAUUAACACAUUUUGUAUCAUAUGCAUCGUAUUCAAUAAAUUUUUUUCUUUAUUCAUUUAGUGGAAUUGCUUUUCGAACAAGUCUUGGACAAUUAAUUAAUAAACUACGAAGAUUUUAA